AAAUAAUCUUCUUGCCUUUUCUCUUUUUUUCCCCUUUUUUCCUUUAGAAUUGCCAAAAUGCUUUGGAAUUCUUAAACGAUUCAAAAACUGAAGUCUCUGAGGAUACAAAAUCAUAAGAACACAAGAAGCAGCAAGGAGGAUUCAGUGCCAAUGCAGCAACAAAAAAGACAGCCAGAGUUAGUGGAAGGAAAUCUUCCUGUUUUUGUUUUUCCUACAGAACUUAUAUUUUAUGCAGAUGACCAGUCAACACACAAGCAGGUGUUGACUCUAUAUAACCCCUAUGAGUUUGCCUUAAAAUUCAAAGUUCUUUGUACAACUCCAAAUAAAUAUGCGGUGGUUGAUGCUACUGGUGCAGUGAAGCCUCAGUGCUGUGUUGAUAUUGUGAUUCGUCACAGAGAUGUUCGGGCUUCUUACUAUGGUGUGAUAGAUAAAUUCCGUCUACAAGUGUCUGAGCAGAGCCAGAGGAAAGCAUUAGGAAAAAAGGAGAUUAUUGCCACUCUACUUCCAUCUGCAAAGGAACAACAACAACAAAAGGAAGAGGAGGAGAAACGAAUAAAGGAACACCUGUCUGAAAGUGUCUUUUUUGAGCAGACUUUGUGUCAACCAGAAAACAGAACUGCCUCGUCGGGACCUAGUUUACUAACAGUCUUCCUAGGAAUAGUGUGUAUUGCAGCACUAAUGCUACCUACAUUGGGGGAAAUGGAAUCCCUGGUGCCUCUCUACCUCCACUUAAGUGUGAAUCAAAAGUUAGUAGCUGCUUAUGUUUUAGAUUUGAAGAACAGUCACUCUAAACUCAAUUCUCCUGUCCCACUACCUGGCAGAAAUGAGGAUUUAAAGGAAACAAGCUAGGCAGCUUCAAACUGAUAGCUAGAGGUGAGGUAGUGAUGGGAAGAGAUGCAAGUUCUUGAUGGUUAAUGCACACACUCAGUUGACUGACUGACUCGUGCAAGUCAGGCUGCUGAAAUGGUCUGAAAACUCCCUCGUUGCUAACCAGAACCCUACGUCUUUGCCUGAGCCGAUGGUGAUAUGUUUUCAGAUCAGGACCUUGCAGGAAUCCUUGCUUUGUUUUUAUCUCUAAAAUCAAAGUCAUUUGAAAAUGACUCCAGUGUCUGCUGGUGCCAGCUAUGGUAUUAAACCAUUUCACUUCAUACGUUUGCAACAACUUAGCUGUUUCUGGAUUCACUGUGAAGUUCUUGCAAGCUUUGAUUCCUUUGAUAGCAGCGUUUCUAGUGUUCAUGAAAAGAUUCUUCUUCUCUACGCAACUCUUGCUCAUCUAGAGAGUUGAUUGCCCUUGAGAAGAUGAAACCACUUUCUUCCACAACCAAGUACAACUGGAUUGUGUAGCGUUUGAUGGAAAAGGGAGGUCAAUACCACAUCAGCUGGGCUGUACGACAUUUGAGGAGUAUUUGCUUUGCAGAAAUGAGUUAAACUCUUUGUUGCCUGGAAGUCCCUAUACAGGCGGCAUAGGCUGUCCUGUAGCACCUUCCAGAAGCCUCUGUUACUGCUCUGCAAUGAUUUAGAUAAUCCAAGCUAAGGCCUGCAGCAGUUCUGGUAGUCCUAAUUGUCUAAGCUAAUACAGACCUUAAGAAAUAGCUGAACUAUAAUUCCUCUUUAAUGGAUAAAUUGCUCAUUUAAUGGAAGGCAGCAUUACAAGUCUGUUCUGUCGUGCUUCUAUCUUUACAAAGUAAAUAAGUUAAAUCAGUAUGCAGUGGCAGGACAGUAAAAUAGUCUCAGAAGUUUCCUUAUCUGUGGUGAGUUCUGUAGGCUGUAGCUAAGCUCUCUGCAGUGAAAGGCUGUUUUAUAUAUAUAUAUAUAUAUAUAUAUAUAU